UCUUCUCCUCUCUAUUUCUCCUUCAUUUCUUUCAGUCAAUUAAAUUCAGUAACUAUCCUCCAUUGUUACACCAUUAAGAGCUCCCCAGUCAGAGAAGACAAAGAAAGCAGAGGUUUGGAGGCUGCAAUGGAUGGAUCAAACAAGAAAACUAAAGGGUUUUUCAAGUUAUUCACCCCUGAAACCUCUUCACAGAAAAUGGAAAUGCCCCCAGCAGUUUCAGCUUACAUGGGAGAUAAACUGCCAAGGACAGUAUUUCUGAGAGACAGGUACAAGAACAUGUGGGAAGUGAAAGUAGGAAGAAGUGGAAAUCACUUGGUUUUUGAAGAAGGUUGGGAUAAGUUUAUCAAGGACAAUUGUGUGGAACUCGGGGAUUUCUUGGUUUUUGACUACCUUGAUACUAAGUCUCUGUUUGACUUCAAAUUGUUGGGGCUUUCCUGCUGUUGUGAGAAGAUAGGUGUUGGGCGUCCGAACUUUCUGGUGAAGGAGGAAGUGGAAUGGGAACAUAGUGACAGUUUAGAGGAAGAUGAAGAAGAAGAAGAAGAAGGGGACCCGAGCUAUCACACUACUAUCAAUGAGAAUAACAUGUCAGAAGAUGAUGAAUAUGAAUUUGCGGAGGUGGAGGUGGAAGAAGAAGAAGAAGAUGGUGAUGGUGAUGGGGAAAGUAGAAUAGAAGCUGCUCCUAGAAGAAACCACCAUAAACGAAAGGCGUUUGACUACACUGGGGCUAGUAUUUUCGAAUCAGGGCUCUAUCCACAACCCAUAAAUCCUUACUUUGUGGCAAAAAACAGAAAAGGGAGGAAAAAUGAGCUGCACAUUCCUGAAUAUGUAAUACGCCAUUUCAACCUCAAGCUGCCAUCAACAAUGAUCCUUCGUGACCCCAAGGGGAAAGAUUGGGAAGCAAAGGUCAAUCCAUGGAAAGAUGGGCGGGUAGUGUUAACAGGAGGGUGGAACGCGCUGUGUAAAUGGAACCUAAUUCGGGAAGAAGACAGUUGCAUUUGCGAAUUUGUGACCGAAGAAAGAGGAAUGGGAAGAAAGGAGCUUCUGCUGCAGAUACAAGUUGUUCGUGGAUCUCAUCAGGCAUAAUAUGUGGUAAGACUUUAAUUUGGACUUUUAAAUGCAUGGAACUAUCAUGGAGAGAACUGGAGAUGAUCAAGAAUUACAUAUGUGGUUUGUUGUUACUUAGGAACUCUGAAUGCAGUAUUUUAGAUCUCAGAACUUUGAUAGCAUCCAGUGGCGGACCCACAAUGGGACAGUUCCAUUUAUAUAUAUUGUAUGUAUAACUGUAUAAGUUUAUAAAUAUUAAAUUUACACAAAUAUAAUCAAAGAAUGAGUUA